AAAUCUCACUACAAAAGAAGAAAAAGAGACAGAAAACUCUUUGAAAUUAUGCGGACAGUUCAGUGACAUUGUCAGAAAUUCCUCAAAGAAGCUGCCUUGAUACGAUGAUCAUCCGAGGUUGUUCUUCACAGCCCACAUCAGCCCCAAGAAGCUGCUUCUCCACCUUGUUUUUGUUGCCAAAUUCGAACAGAUAUAGUUUCAAGAAGAGGGCUACAACAUUGAAGCAUGAAUUGGAUGUUGUCAGCUGUCGUUUCAACUCACCGCCCACAAAUUUCAGGAUUCAGGCAUUAGAAGCCAACAAGUUGGAUGGUGUUAAAGCAGAAGGUUCGAGAACAAAUUUACAGUAUGAUCAUCUUACAUGGCCUUCUCCGAGUGACAAAGUUCCGUUCUGGAAGAGAGAGUUUCCGUCUUGGGACAUCAGCGACAGCGGCCAUGUUGACAUCCGGAAGGAUUCUGACCCUAUCCAUAUCAUUCAUGUCACAGCUGAAAUGGCACCCAUAGCUAAGGUGGGAGGUCUUGGCGAUGUUGUGACCGGGCUAGCCCGUGCUUGUUUGACUCGUGGCCAUACCGUGGAUGUCUUUCUACCUUUCUAUGAAUGCAUCAACAAACAGCAUGUCAAAGAGCUCACACUGAUCAGUACGUAUGGCUCGUAUCAUGAUGGGAGCUGGAUCCCUACUAAUGUCUACCGUGGAGUAGUUUUUGGAAUUCCUGUGGUAUUUAUCGAACCGACUAACCACUUCUUCAAGGGACAAAGCGUGUAUGGAGGCUCAUAUGAUGAACUGGAAGCAUAUUUGUUCUUUAGUCGUGCCUGCCUCGAAUGGCUGCAGGUCUCUGCAACUCAGCCCGACAUUAUUCAUGUCCAUGAGUGGCAGACUGCUGGUUUGCCGUUGCUCUACUGGGAUAUGUAUCAGUAUCUGUCCCUUCAGAAACCACGAAUUGUGUUGACGAUCCAUAAUAUGGAGCACUAUGGAGAAUGCAGGCAAGAGCAAUUGAACAAGUGCGGUCUUGAUGGAUCCGUAUAUUCAACUGAAGAGAAGGCUAUGGAUGAUAGAACUAUUGGGCACAACCCCGAGAGAUUAAGUUUGCUAAAAGGAGGCAUUGUCUACAGCAAUGCUGUAGUUACAGUUUCUCCAACAUAUCUCAAGGAAACACUUAACUCGGGAUGGCUUGCUGCAACACUGAUACGACAUCGUGACAAGUACUUCGGCAUUUUGAACGGGAUAGAUACUGCAAUUUGGAACCCUGCCACAGAUGCAUUCUUGCCUGCUAAGUUUGAUGCUAACCAAAUCGAAGGGAAAAAGAUCUGCAAGCUUUAUGUGCAAAGAGGGCUUGGUUUGGCUCCCGAAGCACAGGACUCUGCUAAGGUGCCCCUGGUCGUCUGCAUCACUCGUUUAGUUGCUCAGAAAGGUCUUCAUUUGAUCACUAAUGCAAUCAGACAUGUAGAAGCCCUUAAUGGACAAAUGAUAAUUUUGGGGACUGCUCCAGAUGCUCGAGUUGGCAGCGAAUUUGAAGGUCUUGCUCGAUUGCACAACGAAGGUCCUAGCAUUCGGAUUCUUCAGAUGUACAGCGAGGAGCUGUCCCACAUGCUCUAUGCAGCUGCCGACAUUGUGUUGGUUCCAUCCAUAUACGAGCCAUGCGGACUUUCUCAGAUGAUUGGGAUGCGCUAUGGAGCGGUUCCACUGGUCAGAAAGACUGGUGGUCUUGCAGACACUGUUUUCGACAUGGAUGAUCAGUCGCAUUCUGAGAUUGCGAACGGGUUUGUUUUCGAAGGGAUUGAUGAAGGAUCGUUGAACUGCACUCUAGAUCGUGCUUUUUCAUUCUACCACGAGAAGCCUAAUGAAUGGAGGGACACGGUGAAGAAGGUUUUGCAGAUGGAUAAUAGCUGGAACAAUGCAGCAGGAAAGUAUAUUGAUGUCUAUAACAAUGUCAGAGUUAAACAUCAUUGAAAAUAUGUCAAUUCCCACUCCUCAAUAAACAACCUAUCUUUGUAUCAUAAUCACUUAAGCUUUGGUCAAAAUAAAAACAAUUUAGAGGUA